AAGCAGUUGGAAGGUUAAUGUUUCCUAGGGAAGCAUGGGGCAAGCGUCACAUUGCCUGCUAGUCUGUUGUUCUCACGUAAACACAAAAGAGUUAAAAGGGGAAAGGCAAGCUCACCAGGAACAUACUUUCCUGAUUAAAAAUAUUGUCCAUGAGGAUAUUACAUUUUGCCGGGCAUAACAAAAUGUGGGAAACAGGGAACAAGCGAGUGCACUGCUUGUGUGCACUGGAGCGGUCUUGCCAACCCUGCUACCGCAGCACUCCUUGCCAUUGGAUCCCAAUAUCAAGCUAUAUUAUUCAGACACAAUGGACUGUCUGUGGCCUAUCUCAUCUUCCUACUGCUCAUCCCACUGUUCCCUGAACCUACAGCUGGUACAAUGAAAGGAAGCACCAGACAGCUGCUUAGAACAAUAACUUACACGAGUUUCACUUUCCUUGUGCUACAAGUGGCGUUUCAGAUUGCCUUCUACUAUCUGCCACCGAACGGUAGCAGAUGGGAGGUCCUGCUCUGUCAUUUUGGACUUCUGAGGCUCAGCAGAGUGGAUGCUGGAAAUAUCUUUCGCCUACUGGUACCUGAUAUUGGAAUGUUUUUCUCCAGUAUCGUGGUUACACGGCUUUAUGCAAAACUGGCGAAACCUCAGAAUCCCAAAAUGCAGCUUUGUUCUGAAGACGAGGAACAGAAUGAAGGAGAGGGCUAUGAAACAGAAACAGAAGACAGUUACGAAGAGGAGUCUUCCUCUGAAGAUGAAUUGGGAAAAGAGGCAGGUUUUAAAAAGCCAGUUUUCAUUCAGAAAGCCAUUGUCUUCCUUGCUGGCUUAAAAAGUAUAGUUGAUGUCAUGCUGAGAAAUGCUGGAAAGGUGGUAGCAACUCUUCUAUUAGGUGUAGCAGGGAUAAUCUUACCUUCUGCAACUUCUGCCACCUAUUUUUUCACUUUCCUGGGCUUGUGUUCUUGGUGGUCCUGUCACCUCCCCAUUGCACUGGUCACCUUCAGCAGUUUGUGCGUGAUGAUGGCUAUAUUCAGUGCUGGCCACCUUACUGCCCUUUACCUAUACCAGCUGCCAUACUUUCAGGACCUCAUUCCUCCUGAUGACAUUUAUGCCAGGCUCCUAGGAAUGACUGCAAUCAUCAAAACAAAUAUCACAGAGUCCUGGAAACUGCAGCUUCAUCCUGGAUUAACUUGGCCUGUGUUCUUCAAUCCUCCAGUCUUGCUUGUACUGUAUUAUGCACUGGUUGUGCUGCUACAGCAGUGGGCUUUAAAUCCUAAGGAACAUAGAGAAGAGGAUGUCCACUUACCACCAGCAGAGCACAACAGUUUGGAGUUGGAGACAAUGUCAUGGGUGGCCAAGAAUGAGGAGAACAAGGUGACUUAUAUUUCAAGUGGAAACUGGCAGGACAUGGCCUGUUUAUAUUGUGAACAGGACACAGGCUGUGAGAUCCCUGCCCACAAGCACAAAGGACUUAGCCCUCCACUAUCAGAGGAUCCUGCUAGCCCUGAGAAUGCAGACAGUGAUGGGAAUAAGACUACCACUUUGGCUGUGCUGGGUCAAUUCAUUUUGAAUCAAAGCUAUACCAGCGCACUGAUUGCCAUGAUGGUUUGGAGUAUCACCCAUAUCAGCUGGUUGACUUUUGUUCUCCUUAUCUGGGCUUGUAUCAUUUGGAUGGCUCGUGACCGUCGAUUUUAUGCUAUGUAUAGCUCUCCAUUCCUUGUCACCUAUGGGAAUAUCCUGCUGGUCCUCAGUUUCUUUGUAGGGUUAAAUAUUUCUCAGGAAGAAGUCUUUCCUGGAAUUUCAACCUCUGUGCUCAUUGACUUUGACUUAAAACCAUACUCACUGCCAUGUGUGCACCUUGCUGCUAAGAUCUCAUAUACAUUCACAUUCUGGCUAUUGCUAAAGCAGCAUGUAAUCGAAAGACGCUUGAAGGAGAAGGAAGACUCUCUCAAAGAAGUGGCAGUGAAUGAGACGGAAGGAAACAAGCCAAAUAAUUUUCUGCUAGAAAUCUUUGGCUCUCUGCUUAAGGAAAUUCUGGAUAAAUACUGGAUCUGCUUCUGCGCUGCCAUGUUUUUCGUGGUGAGUUUCAGCGGCAAAGUGGUUGUGUACAAAAUUCUCUACGUUCUGCUCUUCCUGCUCUGCGUGACUUUGUAUCAGAUUCACUAUGAGUGGUGGAGACGAAUCCUGAAGGGCUUCUGGUUCACUGUUGUCUCCUAUUCCAUGGUAGUGCUCAUUGCCGUCUAUGUCUUCCAGUUUCAAUCCACUUCUGGUUUUUUUCUCCUGACCUUGGCAGUGUCAGAAGAGAGGUUAAAAGAUCUGGGUCUGGAAAAAUUUGACACAGUGGAACUGUUUGCUAAGAUUCUGCUUCCAUCAGCUUUCCUCCUGGCCUGCAUCCUGCAGCUUCACUAUUUUCAUAAAGAUUUUCUGAAGAUCACCGACCUACGUAAUGUUCCCGGGGAUGCAUUUACUCUGGGGAGUAAAAAGAAAACUGAAACGAAUGUGCAUCUUCUAGCAGACAUGCUUAAAGAAAGUGUUUGGAAACUGCAGAAAGGUGUGGCCGCCAACGAACCACCUGGUGAAACUCAAACCAGCUUGGAUAAAACAGGCAAUGCAACAGUGGAUGAAGAAGCCAUGAGAGAGGCUGAAUCGGAGAAAUCAGGGGAAAAGACUAGUAACUGGACACUGGUGAUUGACAAGUCAGCUUCCUGUCUCCUGAAGCUUUUGGAGAUGGUUCAUGAAAUUCAGGUGUUAGCAUGGAGGAUCCUAGAGCUGCAUGUCCUUAAAAUUGUGUCCAUUUGGAUCAUCUGGAUCUCUCUCCAGGAGGUGUCUAUGAUGAAUUAUCCUUUUUUCAUCCUCUGGGUGUUUGCCCUGCCAUAUCCCAAGCUCCGGCCUCAUGCAUCACGAAUCUGCACAAUUUGGUCCUCUGUGAUGGUUAUCUGUAGAAUGAUGUACCAGCUGAAGUUUGUCAAACCACACGAAUACUCCUCUAACUGCACAGAGAGACUCUACCAAAAUGGAACCUACUAUCAUGACAACCGGGAUGAACUGUUGCAGAAAUCGGUGUUGUAUGUGGCUCCUGUGGACCCAGCAGUUUGGUACGGAGGUUUCCAAAAGUGUGAUGACAGCGUUUUGCCCUGCAUGAAGAACCAUCUCACCAUUUUGGGAUUAAUGGCAAUGGAAGUGACAGUACAUCGCCACCAGCUCUUCUACAGGACUCAAAACCAGCUAAUUCCACCUCUUACAGGAAGCAUUUUUGAGUCAGUCACUCGGGAGCACCUGGAUGAUGGGUUACUCAGUUGCAUCAAGUAUUUUAUCAACUACGGUUUUUACAAAUUUGGAUUAGAGAUGUGUCUCCUUGCUGCUGUUAAUGUCAUAAUGUACCGUAUGGAUUUCUUCGCCUUUAUCCAUGCCUGCUGGCUGAUCUACCUCCUGUGGCUCCAUCGGAGGAAAGCCAUGGCUGAAGUCUGGCCAAGAUAUUGCUGUUUCCUUGCCUGUAUCCUGGCCUUUCAGUAUUUGCUGUGCAUUGGUUUCCCUCCCGGUUUCUGCAAAGAUUAUCCGUGGAGAACCUCUCGCUGGUCAGUCCAUUCCAACUUCAUUAAGUGGCUCUAUCUACCUGAUUUUGCCAAGAGACCUGAUGCCACAUUCCUUCUGUAUGACUUCCUGCUUCUGCUUUUUGCUUCCCUCCAGUGCCAGGUAUUUGAAGAUGAAAAUAAAGUGCAUGUGAGAAUGCAGGCGGGAGAUAACGUGGAGAUCAGUUAUGAGUUAGACCCAGCUGCCCUCAGCCAGUACAGCCCUGUACCAAACUUCGUGCACUGCAGGUCCUAUUUGGAUAUGGCAAAAAUGGUUGUAUUCAGCUAUCACUUCUGGUUUGUGCUCUGCCUUAUCUUUAUCACUGGGACAACCCAAAUCAGUAUCUUCUGUGUAGGCUACCUUGUGGCCUGCUUCUACUUUAUGCUGUUUGGAAGCAAUCUUCUGCUAGAGCCAGUCAAGAAUAUUCUCAGACCGUGGGACUACCUGAUUGCAUACACUGUCUUGGUCAUAGCAAUGAAGAAUCUCCUGGCUAUUGGUGCAUGUGCCUAUCUUGAGAAGUUACUGAGAAACCACUGCUGGCUAAUACACACCUUUGGCAUGUUUUGUACUAUACCGGGGUAUGACUUGGAGAUUCCUGAGGAUGAGACAUGUGAGCUGCCUGAAAAUAAAGCAGGGAUAUUCUGGGAUGCAAUAAGCUUGACUUUCUUGUUGGUCCAGCGAAGAGUCUUUACAAGCUACUACUAUCUUUAUGUCGUGGCAGAUCUGAAGGCUGCCAACAUCUUAGCUUUCAGAGGAGCAGAGCUGUUUGAAGCAAAGCUGAAAAAAUUGGUGUUGUUCAGACUGGAGGAAGAAGAAGAAUCACUACAGGUCAUGAGAAGACAAAUGGAACUGAUCAGAUCCAAGCAGAAAAAAGGGGACAAAUUGAAGGAAAGGAUCCCAAGUCCAGAGAAAGCAACUGUGAAACCCUCAGCAGAAGAUCAGGAGCUACUAGAUACAGAGGGCGGACAGAAGGAAAAUGAGGACAAGAAGUGGUGGCAACCCUGGGUCACCCACACCUCAAUGAUUCAGGCUGGGAGCUACUGCCUCUUUGAGACAGACAGUGAAGACGAAGAGGAAGAAGGGGACACAGAACAGAGAGAGGAGGAAGAAUCAAAGAGAAAAACAGCAUUCCAGCUCGCCCAUGAAGCCUGGAUGACUAACUCCAAAUCAGCACUAAGAACAAGAGAACAAGAUGAAAUCAGGGAGCAGAGGAAGAAAGAGCAACUUGGAGAAGACAUGAAAGGGGCAUCCUUUGAAGAGGAAGCGGAGCGAUCAGUCACUGAAGAGCCUUUAGAUGAGCCAGAAAACAUCAUCCAAAGAGUAAUCAACAUAGUCAAGCUUGCUUGGGUCCUUGUUCAAGUUUUGUUAGAUGAUACUACAGAGGCAGUGAAUUUCCUGUGUAAAGAUAACCUGGACAUAGCAAAAGUACUCCAAAUUGAAAGGUGCAUUCUAUGGCAAGAAAUGAAUAGGGGGAAAGAGGCCUCAGCAGACACUGUUCUCCAAUAUUAUAACCUGAAGAAGAGCCAGAAGGUACAAAGGAGUGCUUGUGAAGGAAAUAAAAUGGAAACUGCAAAGGAGGACCAGAGUGAUGAAGACACAUUAUCUGAGUACCAGCAGAUGCCCAGAGAGGACAUCCAACAACCUUAUGAAAGCAUGGCAUCCAGGGAACCUGAGGAAGCUGCUGAAGAAACAAAUGGAGAUGAAUCAGGAGAGAAAGAAGAAGAUGAAGAUAGCAUCAAAGGCACUGAGCCAGAAACAACUACUCGUCCUGCUUCCUGUAUGGUGCUUGCCAAUCUGGGGAGCCGUUCAUUAGAAACAGAAGAUUAUGUUACUUCCCCGUCCAUUCAGAAGAACAAAGUAGCAGGCGGGCUGUUAAAUGAAGUUCCUGUUAUGACUGCCAGUGAUCUGCUCCUGAACAGGACGUUUCAUGACAACGAACUGGAGCAGUCGGACAAAUUUUAUGAGUGUCUCCCCCGACUUCUAAAACUGGGCUUUGCUUUGUACACCGUCAUGGUGUCCAAGUCAGAAAUGCUUUGUUAUUUUGUGAUCAUUCUGAACCACAUGGUCUCUGCUUCAAUCCUUACUUUGGUCCUGCCUAUCCUUGUAUUUAUGUGGGCUAUGUUAUCCAUUCCAAGGCCUACUAAAUUCUUCUGGAUUAUAGCCAUCAUUUAUACACAGAUAACAGUCGCUGUCAAAUAUUUUUCUCAGUUUGGAUUCUUUCCCUGGAGCAGCAAGUUGUACUGCGCCCUCCAUGGAGAAGAGCCAUUUGCACUGCCAAAUAUUGUUGGGAUAGAGAAGAAGGAUGGCUAUGUGCAUUUUGAUCUCGUGCAACUGCUUGCUUUGUUCUUUCACAGGUCUAUCCUGAAGUGCCAUGGACUAUGGGAUGCCAAAGGCACUGAUGUGCCCGAUCCCAAGGAAACAAUACUGACACGGAGGCAAAAGAAAAAGCAGAGCAGAGUUGACCUGGAGGAAAGUGAGGCUGAAUCAGGGACAUGGCAUCUCUUCAGACAUCACCACCUCUCCAAGACUGCUUUUAGGAGACGCCAGACAGGCUCAGCUAAUGAAGGCAAGCCUCAAAAGGAAGCCUGGAAGAGAUGGAAUCUUUUCAGAAAGAAGCCCAGCAGGAACAAAAAAGUUGCCAAGAAGACCCUGAAACAACACUUGGUGAAGAUAAAGAAACUGUCAAUUAAAACUGCCCUACAAAUCUAUCGGCCGAUCAGGCAGUUCUUCUACAACAUUAUUCACCCAGAGUUCAGCCCUGUCCGCGAUGUUUAUGCACUGAUGUUCCUUGUGGAUGCAAUCAAUUUUAUAAUCACUAUCUUUGGAUACGGGGCUUUUGGCAAAUACUCGGCAGCUGCUGACAUAACCGAAUCACUGUCAGAAGAUCAGGUCCCUCAAGCCUUUCUGGUGAUGCUCCUGCUCCAGUUUGGCAUGAUGAUAGCGGACCGGGCCAUUUACUUGAGGAAAACCAUGUUUGGGAAGUGUGUGUUCCAGGUUGUCCUGGUCUUUGGCAUUCACUUUUGGAUGUUCUUCAUCUUGCCAGGAGUUACUGACAGGAGGUUUAACAAAAACCACGUGGCCCAGCUUUGGUACUUAGUCAAGUGUAUUUACUUUGGCUUGUCAGCAUAUCAGAUCAAAUGUGGAUAUCCCAAGCAGGUCCUAGGCAACUUUCUAACCAAGAGCUACAACUGCAUAAACCUCUUCCUCUUCCAGGGGUUCCGAAUGGUGCCUUUCCUGAUAGAGCUGAGAGCAAUCAUGGACUGGGUUUGGACUGACACCACGCUCAGCCUUUCCAAUUGGAUAUGUGUGGAGGAUUUGUAUGCAAAUAUUUUCAUUAUGAAAUGCUUGCGCGAGUCUGAGAAGAGAUACCCUCAACCUGCAGGGCAGAAGAAGAAAAUGGUUGUGAAAUAUGGCAUGGGGGCCUGCCUUAUCUUCAUCCUGAUCUUCAUUUUGUGGUUUCCACUGCUGCUUAUAUCACUUGUUAAAGCAGUGGCAGGAGUAGUCAAUCAGCCCCUGGAUAUCUCGGUCAAAAUUACGAUUGGCGGUUACGAGCCAUUGUUCACCAUGAGUGCCCAGCAGAGGAAUCUGAUCCCUUUCACUCAAGCAGCAUAUACAGACCUGACCACUCAGUACGCCUUUCACCCGGCCGCCAUGCAAUUUAUAGUGAAUUAUAACCCAGAGGACAUCGUCACUGCUAAAAUAAAGAGCAAUGCCAGUUUGCUGUGGCACAUCAGUCCAGCGAGCCGGGAAAUCAUGAUAGAAGAGCUCUCCAAGUCAACCGCUAUCUACGUCCACUUAUACUGGACAGUUCAAAGGAAUGCAUCUCUCGUGAGGAACGUGGAGGCAUCUGGGCAAUACAUGGUGCGGUACGAAGAGAAGGAAAUAAGAGAGCAGAUUGUUCAGAUGCUGAAAGGGGUCAGGAAGGAGCCCAUACUGCUUCCAGGCCUCAUACCAAGAUACUUCAGGGCUAAUGCUGGAGUAGAAGCUAAAACUGCCCAUCGGCUGCAAGUUGUUCAUUCUCAUAAGCCAAAAGACAUAGAGAAAAUGGCUUUCUUCCGAAACGUAACCAUAAAACUACACCAGCUGCCCAGUAAUUUGUCUUCAAGCAAAGCGACUGAGUGGUGGAUUAUUCAAGAGCAGAGCCCAACCUGUCUAAACAAUGCUUGCAGCAAGAAUAUGGAGCUCAUCAUCUUCAAUGACAAAGUCAGUCCUGCUAGCCUGGGAUUCCUGGAAGGAUAUGGGGUCACUGGCCUGUACAUGUCUGUUGUCUUUGUCAUUGGGAAGUUUAUUCGUGAGUUCUUUUGCGGCAUCUCCCGUUCCAUAAUGUUUGAAGAGCUGCCCAAUGUGGACCGCAUCCUGAAACUCUGCACAGACAUUUUCCUGGUGCGGGAGAUUGGGGAACUGGAGCUAGAAGAACAACUCUUUGCCAAGCUCAUCUUUUUGUACAGAUCUCCAGAAACCAUGAUUAAGUGGACCAAGGAAUCAAACUGACAAUGAAGAGGCCAAUACCUUUGUGAAGAUCAGGCUUAGGAGGCAAAUAUACAUUGCUUGAAAAGCAAAUAAGGUUAAAAUAACAUUCACAAAAGGGAGCUGCAAGUGUCUUCUCUCCCACAGCAUAUUUCCAUAUCAGGUUCUUCCUUGCUCUCCUUCAGUGAACAGUAUAAACUUGAGAUCGCUGGCCUGAAUGUAAUCAGAAAGCCUACCAUUAAUUUUGCCAAGGGUUCAACCUCUAUUCACUCAUGCCAAUAGGGUGGCCCAGUUUCUGGCCACCAUGCAGAUAAAAAUCUUCAGACAGCCCAAAAAAAAGCAGCUCCGAAGAGGCACCGUAGGUCGUUAGACCUGAUAUUUCUGCUGCCAACUAUGUAAGGUGGGCAAGUCAUUUCCCUUCUCAUGCUUCUCUUUCCAAUUUCAGCCUUUAUCCAUGAGUUACUCAAGGUAGGGACUGCCUCUUAGUAUGUUUGUACGGUAGCUAGCACAACCUGAUCUCUGCUGCAUGCACUCAGUGAAAUAAAUGUGGUCCUUUCUUCUUAAGAGUGGAAGUGCCCCCCACACUGCAAAACCACCAAGACCUUCGGUGCCUGUUUCUGGGCUGUAUUAAAGCUGGGCUUGGGAAUAUUCAAUGCACAGUCAUGCUCUUGCUUUCCUGUCCCCAGUAUUUUCAGAAAUGCAAAUAACGCCAUGAAAAUCCAGGCUGGGAUAUGCAAGCUGCUUUAAUAAUUAAUUUAUUAAGUGGCAGUCAGCCACAUUACUCUGUAAACCUAUUUCCUUCAAUAAAAUCCAAGUAUUUUUUGUUUAA